AUGUCAAAAAUACUGACCAUUGAUGAGUUGAUCGAUGUGAUAGACUCUUUAAAGGAGGCACGUUUUGACAAAACUAAAUGGAAGGAUUUAGGAAGGAAACUUGGCCUCUAUCCAAAUACACUAGCUAUAAUUGAUUCAAAUAAAAGAGGUGACAUUGAUAGUUGUUUUACUGAAUGCCUUGAAGAGUGGCUGAAAAGAGCUGAUGGUGUUGAUAAAGUUGGUAAACCAUCUUUGGAUACAUUGGCUGGUGCUCUUGAAAAAAUGAAUUUUAAACCUCAAGCUGAAUGUAUAAGAGAUGCAUCAGAAGGAAAGAAACCAGCUAAAAGGAAGGAACUUGAACCCACUAGUACUAAGAAAAGUGAUGCUGGAUACAAACGCAAUGAUGGAGGAGUUCAAGGAAGUGCUGCUAUUGAGGAAAUUGAUGGUGGAACUGCACAAAAAGACCCACCAGACUGGCCGUAUAAUGAUGAAAUCAUGAGACGUGUCCCCAAAACCUGAAAUUUUCAUAAACGUCUUGUUAAAGAUAUUGAAAUCCUACUUAUGCCAGCCACUACAAGUGAAGAAGAUCCAGUCGUGUAUUAUCUGAAGCAAUCACCAGAAGAUCUCAUUGAAACAGACAUUGAUGGUCUGAGGGUAUACAUAGGACAUUAUGGAAAAAUUAAAGUCAUUGUUGUAGUCACAGCACCAGAUAAGAGCAGGCAGGGUCCAAUUCACGCUGGUAUUAUCGCAUCAAAAAUGUUAGAAAAGAUUCCGAGCAUCAAAUACGUUGUUGCCGUUGGCGUCUGUUUUGGAAUGGGAACAAAAAAUCAGAAGUUAGGUGAUGUCAUCAUUUCGGGCACGAUCUGCGAUUUCACAAAUAAACGUGAAGGAGUAGAUGAAGAUGAUGAGUAUCAGAGAGGCCCUCACCACCUAGUAAAUCGAACUACUGUGGACAAAUUCCGACCUCCUCAUGGUUUUAAAAUGCCACACAACAUUAAAGUUUCCAUUGGUGUCCUUAUAUCUACAGGCAGUCUGAUCGAUCAUCCUGACGUUAAACAAGAAUUGUUAGAAUUUAGAAGAGAUGCUAUAGCAGGAGAAAUGGAAGGAGCUGGAAUAAUGGCUGCUAUAGAUUAUGUCCCUGACCGUGUUGAAGCUAUCGUCAUCAAGGGUAUCGGUGACUGGGGUGAUG